UUCCUACAGACGGGUUUCACAUGUAAGAAGGAAGAACAAUGUUCCUGCUCAUUUAUUGUCUCAUUUGUCUCUGUCAAUUGAGGGAAGCCACGUCUGGUUUGUAAACUUCCCAAAGGAGAUUAUGUACGCUGCAAAAGCAGAUUUACUUUAAUGAAGCUCAGUUUUCAUUAUCAAAAAAAAAAAAAAGAUCUUGACAGUACAGGUUUUUGUUUUCAGCUGUUGCAGGAUUCAUCAGUUUGUUGGACAAUGUGGGUUUGUUAUUCAGGCUUGACCCAAAAUCAUCAUCCAGCCCAGACCCAAUGCUAUCAAUUUGGAUCACAAAGAUAAUGGGCAAACAUUGCCUCACUUGCAAAAAAACCAUGCUACUAACAACCAAGAACCGAUAGCCCAAGAAUAACUAACUCUUUGAAACGUUUUCCUUCUCCCCUCUCAUUGAUUUAUUGUAACCAGCAUCGACCGCAUUCUACGUGUUUGAUGAAUUGCUUCAGAACAAUGCUCAAGAUAAAGCAUCUAGCUUCUAGCUCCGGCCACUUCUCUGCUUUCUUGCACUCUUCAUCUGCACCGAAUGUGCUGAAAACCGGACAGGUUCUGAAGCUAGCCAGAACAUUUUCAGACUCGGAUGUUGUGGACUACUCCAAGCUAAGCUUGGACGGGAACCCUUUACAUUUCGAACCUGAAUGUGCCAGAAUUGCCGGUUUCGCUGACAGACUAGUCCCAGGAAUGCUCGUGGCUUCAUUAUUCCCUAGGAUCAUUGCAUUUCAUUUUCCAGGGGCGGUAUACGUAUCACAAACCUUGCAGUUUAAAUUGCCUGUUUAUAUUGGGGAGGAGAUCACCGGUGAAGUGGAGGCAACAAGUAUCAGGAAACUGAAAAACAAAUACGUGGCAAAGUUUUUGACGAAAUGUUUCAAAGACGAUAAUACUCUGGUUAUCGAUGGCGAGGCCACGGCAAUCUUACCUGCUCCGGCUUGGGAGAAUUCACGGACAAGAGCAUGAACCAUUCUUCCACAUCCCUGGAGGAAGGCUUCAACGGCAAGUUUAACUUCGACAUUCUUAUUUUCAAAUUGUUAUUUGGUGAAUUGAAUUCCCCCUUCUGUAAUCUUCUGAUGUUAAACACUCCAACGAGCGCUUUCCAAUUCUUUUCCAGCUAAGGAAUGAUGCACAGAAGUUCAGCUCAUGCUCGCAAAAAUGUUAAUCAAUUUUGCUUAUUUGAGUU